AUGUCACACAUUCUCCCUGAACAAUCGGCCGAAACUCCGCACGUUAUCACUAGUGACGAACUUCAAGAGGCGGACGAGGCCGUUCCCGUCUAUGAGACUGUCAUGGCUGGCAGCGAGGAUGCCGUUGGUGAUGAGAUCGUACAGCUCCCUGGCGUUCAGGGCAUCGGAGAGGAACAAGACGACGGUCGCGAGCAGGAGGCACCCGUCGAUGACCGAAGCAUCGUUGAAGAGCCCGCGGCUGGCGUGGGAAACGAAACCCAACGUCGCUCUCAGCCAUUGUUGCGCGCUGAUCCCGCUCUCGAGACCGAAGUAUUUGGGGAACUCCGCUCAGACGCCGUUGCGCUUGAAUCUGCCCCGGUAGAACGUGCAAAUUCGACCAGGAGAUUCUUCAUAUCUUCUGAGAGCGACGACGAUGACGACGAUGACGACGAUAUUAGCCAGACAGUCACUGCGGGAGACAACACUCAGAAGAAUUCAGUCGCUUCUGUGCCAGAGGACGAGACUAGCCCCGUGCAACUCCCGGCGGACUUCGAGCUGGACCCUGCUGUCGGGGAAGGGAACAUCGCAGACAACCGGGUAGAGUCGCCCACGCCUCACAAGACGGAGCCGGAGAUACACCUCGAACGUGAAGGUGUCGCUCACGACAAGGGCAACGACAACAACGCUGAAGCUGCCAAAGAUGCUGAGGCCCAGAGUCAACCCGACACGAAGAGCAAGGCGCCACGACCCCCACCCCGUAAGGGAUCAGAGUCACAUCCAUAUCUUCCAUCCCCGCCCGAUCAAGAGGGCAACGACAAGAUCUGGAAAGAGUAUCUGAACUCCGUCGCUGCCGAAGACAAGGUUCUCGUGGAUGGUUGGAACCAGUCGGCUAAGCAGACACUCAUAUUCGUUGGCUUAUUUGCCGCAGUUGUCGGUCGCUUCGCUGUCUUUGGCGCCAAGGCGCUCUCUCCUAAUGCCAACGCUGAGUCGAAGAUAGCUGGUCUGCUUGCGGAAUUAUAUCUACUUGAAACCCAAGCGAAGAUUCUGGCCAAUCUCACAAAUGGCAUCGUCAAUCCUACGGCGAACCUCACCCACUCUACAGACCUCACACUCGAACUCGAUAGACUGGCGAACAUUACUACAUAUGAAUCACAGACGUUCGUUCCUUCUCAAACAGACAUCAUCGCUACAACUCUAUGGCAUAUCAGUCUUGUCCUCGCGCUUUUCUGCGGGAUCGGUGCAUCUCUAAUGGGAGACUGGAGUUUGCGUUACGCGUCGGCCGUACGGCCUGAACGUCACUGGCGGACGAUUGAAGACCAGGCUCUCCAUCAUCUCAAUGUGCGCGUGAAUUCUUCGGAGCGCUACGGACAACCUGCGUUACCCCUCAUCCUCAGAACCGUCUUUCACGUAUCGAUGGUGCUGUUCUACGCAGGACUGGCCAUAUACAUGUACCCAUCCAGCCACCUUUCAGUCACGGUCACUACGAUCGCUGCUGGCUUCAUAGGCGUGCUCUACGUCCUGACGGUGCAGUUGGAGCUGUUCACAGCUCGAAAGACACGGCCUAUGGCUCGACGAACUGGGCACACGGCGCGACGCUACGACCAUCCGGCCGCUCGGCCGAAGAGUGAAUCUCGAGCGGAUAGAGACGCGAAGGGGUCAGACGCGACGGAGACGCGCGCAGACAUAUCGGAAGGCCAGCAAUCGUCUAACGAGAGACACGAGGCGAAGAGCGAGGCGGACGCGCUUCCACCUGCGCCAUCGUCCGUCCUCGACACCGUCUCCUCGGGUGCUCGAGCGCUCGCAAGAGAGCGUGCGUCGACACCGGGACCUGAGCUGCCGUGGCUCUUUAGGCUGUCCAUGCUUUUCAUGUCGGAAAAGGAGAGAAGGGAUAUGGAACGCGAGAACGAGUAUGUUCUGAGUAUACUUCGCGAACUUGAAGAAGAGAGCCCUGCCGCUGUACCAAGUGCACAACCAGCUCAGACGGCGAGAUCAUCGCCCCCGAAAGCGCCAGAGCGGAAGGAGGUCGCAUCCCCAGUGCAAGCUCAACUCCCCUCGGCUCCGCCCGUGGAGGAGGAACGACCCGAGGAGGUGCAAACCGAGGUGAAGCCCGCCGAAGUACCAUGGUGGCAUGAUGCUGUAGCGAGAUUCGCAGCGGUCGAGGGAAAGGACGAUAUGGAAUGGGACUUCGUCUCCGAGGCUCUGCGCAUGCAGAACGCCUAUGCUAUCAAUAUCACUGGGUCCAAGGUGCUCGGCGACGUUGGCGCGAGUUGCGUUCCUGCCGGCGAUCCGGGUCCGUCGUCCGUCGCGUCAAAGCUCGCGGCGAUGCGGACGAUGAAAGCCAGGGAGGCAAAGGAAGCGAAGAAGGCGAAGAGAGAGUGCAAGUUGAGAAGACGGGAGGAGAAGAGGGAGAAGAAGGAGAAGGAGAGUCCAACUGUCGAGGAGGCUACUCAUGCGGACAUUAAAGGGAAGGGGAAGGAAACGGCGAACGUGUACCGACAUACGUCGACCCGGGAAGAUCUGCCGGAGGAUGGAUUGAGUGAAUGA